AUGGAGGGGCAUUUCAGUCCAAUCUUACAGCCCCUCUCCAACCACAUGACAACCACCUCCUCCCCCAUCCCUCCUCCCCCUCCCAACCAACCUCCUCCUAACUCAACCCGCUCCCCACCCUAUAGCCACGACCCAACCACCCCCACAACCACCUUAUCCCCUCCCCUUCCUGACCCAACAUUAUGCGACCCUCCCUCCACAAGCACCUUUUCCCCUCUAUCUCUCUAUUAUCAAAAUCAAAACUUAAUUUCAUGCAUUGCCCAAAGCCUCUCAUCAUGA